AUGACGCUGAAAAAGAUAGAUCACACGUUCACACACCAUCAGCUCUCUUACGAUGCAAAACCGAACUAUCAGCCGUAUAUUCGUCUCUCGUUUUAUUUCAGCAAACUUCCCAACGUUAGCUAUGAGCAAUUUCAUCGACACUGGGACACUGUUCAUGCGGACCUCACGGUCGCGAGUAAGGCAUUCAAGGAUUGUCAUAUAGGCAGAUAUGUUCAGUUUCAUCAAAUGCCAGAGCUAAAAGAAAAAGCGAAGGAACUGGGCCUUGCUCAGCUCGAAUACGAUGGAUGCUCUGACAUCUACGUGAAAUCAUGGGACGAUUGGAUGCGAUUCUACACGAGCCCCGAGUAUGCUACAGCAAUGAACCCUGAUGCUGUCCAUUUCAUGGCUAUGCCGAUUAAAGUAAUGGUCGGCCAUGACAACUUGAUCUUUGGGGGCUCAAUUCCUCAGAUUGGAGGAAGUGCUGGCGUGUCUGAGGGGGAUUUGUAG